GCUCCGGAGGGGCCGCCAACAACGGCCAGCAGCCUGGGGGCCCGCCUCCCAUGGAGUGCUACUACAUUGUCAUCAGCUCGGCGCACCUCAGCAAUGGACACUUUCGCAACAUCAAGGGAGUUUUCCGCGGCCCCCUCAGCAAGAACGGAAACAAAACUCUGGACUAUGCUGAGAAAGAGAACACAAUAACCAAAGCUCUGGAAGACCUCAAGGCCAAUUUCUACUGUGAACUAUGUGACAAACAGUACUAUAAACAUCAGGAGUUUGACAAUCACAUUAAUUCCUAUGACCAUGCUCACAAGCAGCGACUCAAGGAGCUGAAACAGAGAGAGUUUGCUAGAAAUGUAGCUUCUAAAUCACGGAAAGAUGAAAGGAAACAGGAAAAGGCCUUACAAAGAUUGCACAAGUUAGCUGAGCUACGAAAAACGACAGCCUGUGCCCCAGGGAGUGGGCCCAUGUUCAAGUCAACUACUGUCACCGUAAGAGAUCACUUUGGUGAAACCCAUCAAAGAGAAGUGGCAGACCCGGCUACAAAACAAAAGGACUUCAAGCACAAUCUGAUGCACAGUCCCCAAAAUGCUCAUGAUAUUGCUUCUUUGGCACCAUCUUCGGAAAAUUCCAGUGACCAUAAGGUAAAAAACAGCAAAACGGGUGAUCAGGGCCAGGGUCCGAAAAUUGGAUUUUCGUUUGCAUUUCCAAAGAAAGCGUCAGUGAAGCUGGAGUCUUCUGCAGCAGCUUUCUAUGAAUACAAUGAUGAUGCUUCGCUGGAGAACGGUCACAGUAGAAGGAGUAGAUUCAUCCCUGGGACUUGUCAGCAUCAACCGUCGUCACCUUCAGAAAUACUUUCUGAGGAGAAGAAUCAUUGUUUUCAGUCAUCGGGGGAGAAAAGCGCGAGUAAAGAAGAACUACCCGAACCCCAAGAAACAAAAGAAGAAAACCCAUUAUCAAUUCCUGUAUUUUGUCAUCCUAAACUUCCUCUUUCUUCUGAUUCGGAUGCAAACUUAAACGCAGUAUCAAAUCAAGAUCAAACAUGUUCCAAAGAUGUUAUUAUUAGUCAAGAAACACCCAUAGAUUGCUCCAGUUCUGAAUUAUUGGGAAACAAACCCAAAGCUAUUACUAUCAGUAAUGAUUGUUUAUCUUCACAAGACACCACAGAAGAAAGCGAUAAAAAUCUCUGUAGAAAUUCAACAACCACUGAGGUCGCCAUUAAACAGACUGCAUCCGACAUGCUGGAUCUUUCUAAUCCUGUUGGUGAUGGCUCAGUCUCACAUAACAGCCACGAAUCAUAUAAAAGACCAUGUGAACCAUUUGUUCCCGUUCUUAACAAAUACGGAUCCGCCAUUCUUCAGUGGCCAUCAGAAAUGCUAACCUACACGAGUUCCGAACCAUCUAUUUCUUACAGCUGCAAUCCUCUCUGUUUCGAUUUUAAGUCCUCGAGAUCAAACAGUUCUCUAGAGAAAAAUCAGCCUCGCUUAAAUGGUCCUCAUUCUCACUUGAAGGAGGAUGAUCUUUGCAAGAGUCCAGUUGCAGACUGCACGGAUAAACCCAUUGAAGGGCCGGUGAAUUUCGAACCGAAGCAUUUCAAAAAUGAGAGUCACCAUGCAGAAUCCUUUUUAUUGGAUGAUUCUCCCACCCAGGAUUGUGAAUCUGGAAAAUGUGAAGAGAAAGUGAACGUGGACUCUGAAAAUGAUUGUACCUAUGGAAGAUUGGAAAAAUGUAACCGGAACCAGAAGCUAAUGAAGCAUGGUAUUAAUGAUGAGAAACACAGAAAAAUAUGGUUAAAAGAAGCUCACAGUGAUUGGUUCCAUAAAGGUAGAAAAAAGAAAAGAAAAAGAAAGCUACACCAUUGCCAUUAUGGGGAAGCAGCCCGAGAACACUCUGAUGCUUUUUCAAAAAUGGAACCUGAGAGUAAUUAUGUAGCAUCAGAAAAACACAACCGUUUGCAGGCCAUUUCGGAUAAGUGCCGGGCUGAAUACAGGACUCGAUGGCUAUCGGCAGACGCAGCUAAGCCGCAGUACGAAAUGCCUGCUUUGGAGGCCAGUAAUGAGAAAAGAUCCAAAUCGAUACCCACUCAUGUUCGUGAGGAUGAAGGAACGAACAGGAUGUGGACAGCAAAACACGGGAAUAAUGAUUCCGCUGUUUCAAAGAACCUCCACAGAAAGAAUAAAACCGUGUCCUGCAGACCGCCCAAUUCCCCGACAUGGAACUCUGGAAAACCUGAUUUAACGUAUUCCAGAACAUUAUUCACUUGGAAAGGCAGGAGAUCCAGCUGUAGCCCAGAUCAUGAUACUUUAGUUCCACCAGCUGAGAUGAAAUGCACCAGCUACGGUCAGUCGGUCAAGAGAAGCUACACCUCUCUCGUCAGUGAACCAGAAAGAGCCCAUCGGAAACGUAGGCAGUACACGAGCUCAUGUUCAUCAGAUGAAAGUUUGUUUGGGCAAAACUGUCUCCAAGAACAGCUUGCGACACCGACCAGGACCCCAGUGGCCAUGUGUAAACCGAAAAAGAAACGGCGAAGAAGAAGAAACAGACUUCACCAUGUAGUUGCAGAGCAAGAACCGAGAGGAAGUAGAAGUUACAGCUCUGCAAAGGACGAUUCCACGCCAAGUAUCCUGGGUAAGCAGUUGAUUGAAGGCAAGAAAGAAGAUACAGAAGCCCACCAAAUGGUUGAUUUUCCAGGGAACGUGGAGAGGGUGACACUUUUAGUCGAAGAAAAGGAGCUGCCGCCCACUGAGAGUUCCCUCCUGUCUGAAACUGAUGGACAGACUGGGCAGGGGGUAGAGGAAAACACUCUUGGUGCAGCUUCAGAAGAGUUCCAUCCUUCCACUCCACCUGCGAUGGAACAUAAUCACCCACCAGCGGCAGUGCCCGAGAAUCGAAUAGACCGGAAAGAAAAUCCUGACAAUUUGAAAGCCCGUGAAAACCGGAUUCCUUUCAAAUUCCACAGCGUCGAAAGGAACGUGGGACCACCCCCGCCGAAACCGUUUUUUUGUCAUUACGAGCUGGCGGAGGCCGUCCCGCAGGAGAUUAACGAACCGACUAGUGAGUGGCUCUGCUACCAUUCAGGAAUACUCAAUGGACCCUCGCCUUUGUCAUUCAAAGAAGCACAUAGAAACAGCCCUGCCUUCUUAACUACUGAGCAGAUCCUGUCCCCUUACGGUCUGCCGGAGCAAGCUCUACUGUUUCCUCUAGAAACCAUGGAGAAAUUCAAAGAUGUACAGUGCGAAGCAUACCAGCAAAUCACGCAGCCCGCCAUCCUGGCCAACAAAGUCAAGCUCACCUUUCCUCCGCCCGCUCCCCUGCAACCUCUGCCCUUGCAACAGCCCCUAUGUUCUACCUCCAUGACCACAAUACAUCACACCGUUUUGCAACAACCUGCUGCCUCCACGGCAGCGGGCACCUUCAAAGUGUUUCAGCCUCCCCCACAGUUCCUUUCCCAAAUUCCACCCCUCACCAGGACAUCUUUACCUCAGAUCUCAUUAGGACCCAGGCUCUGUCCCGGGAGCCAUGGCACCUUCGUGACUCCUCCGCAGAUACCAAUCAUUCCCACGUCCGUUCUUCAUCCGAGCCACGUGGCAUUCCCCCCUUUACCCCAUUCACUUUUCCCUUCGUUCCUUUCUCCACACCCGACUGUGAUUUCUCUUCAACCGCUCUUCUAAAAUGCCGUGACGCCAACGCAAAGGGAAACGGAAAUUUCCGGUGAAAAGUACCGCUCUCUCUGUAAGUGCCCAUCUCUUGGAACAAAUUGCUCUAUAAAUGGCGGAAACCCAUCUAAACGACGCCUCAUUCAUUUGAAGUCACUUACUCUACAUGUAGUGAUGCAAAUAUAUCCACAAUUUCUGAUACAUAGUAUAACUGAAGCGCUGAAUACUAAUAUGAACUAUAUUCUGUAUAUGAAAACUAAGUCCUAGAAUAUGUAUAAUGUACAUAAAAUAUAUUUAUAGUACUGUAAUUUAUGUUGUAAAGUAUGCUCUUUUGUUUUUUAAUAUUUGUGUACUUGCACCUAUUUAAAUGUUUAGACAAAACUGAUGCACUAAGUUUUGUACCAUGUUCCUUGAAACUGUAAAUCCGGUGAUGAAAUAUCUCUUGCAAUAAAUUUUUGUU